AUGGCUGAUUUACCCAGUGUCAGAGUAUCUCAAGCUAAGGCAUUUACUUAUACCGGUGUCGAUUAUGGUGGUCCAUUCUAUAUAACGUUAAGUAGUCAUCGUGGAGUACGAUCCCAAAAGGCUUACAUCUGUCUUUUUACAUGUUUGACAACCCGAGCGGUUCAUUUAGAAUUGGCAUCAGAUUUAAGUACGGAUGUUUUUUUAGCUGCGUUCAAGCGUUUUCUAUCUAGACGUGGGCCGUGUUCUACAAUUUAUUCUGACUCAGGUACAAAUUUUAUUGGUGCUAAACGAUAUUUAAAUGAGUUGUAUGAAUUUGUUCAAUCUAAUCUCUACCAAUCAGCUAUAAAUUCAGAGUUGUCUUGCCGACGUAUCAUUUGGCGAUUGAAUCCACCCACUGGGAGCCAUUUCGGAGGAGCUUGGGAGAGUAUGAUAAAAUCAGUUAAGACUCACUUAACUAGAGUUAUUGGGGAGCAAAUUUUAUCAUAUGAGGAAUUUUCAACCGUGCUUAUACAAAUUGAAGCCUUGUUAAAUUCACGCCCAUUAGUCUGGCAAUCUUCAGAUGCGGCCGAGGGUUUGCCUUUAACCCCGGCUCAUUUUUUAACGUUAACCCCUUUACAAAGUUUACCCGCAUAUAAUGUACUUGAUAAGCCACUAAAUAAGUUACAAAGAAUGGAAUUGCUUGAUAGUUUGGUCCAAUCGUAUUGGAAACGAUGGCACCAAGAAUAUUUAGGCGAGUUACAAACGCGACAAAAAUGGAAUACUCCAACCUGUCCUGUAACUCCGGGUACUUUAGUUUUAAUUAAAAACGAUAAUUUACCGCCACUUCAAUGGCUUACCGGUGUAAUACAAGAGUGUUUAGAAAUGACCCGAUUAUGA